AUGAAAUCACAUGAAUAUAUUGAAACCUUUUGUGAAUAUAGAAAGUAUUCUAAUUCUGUUAAACGUUCUGCUUUUAUUCAAUGGUUAAUAAUCCUUCCUGGAGUGCCGAGACCUUAUCACACCAUUCUUUCAGUUCAAAUAAAUACGAAUGGAUUCUUUGAAAUUAGGUUAGAUUCCGGUCACAAACGUCACAUUGGUCGAAAUAGUGAAUUGACUCGCGCAAUGGCAACCAGAUUCCUUCGAACUAUCCUUGGUGCAAUCAUCAUAUUACAGAUCAAUGGAUUAUUUAUUAAUCCAAAAAUCGUACAAAACAACCUGGAAAGAAAUGCUCAAUUAUUUCAAGGCGAUAUGCGAUUUCCACCUGUUACCCGAUCAACGGGUCGUUCAUUAGCAGCAACAUCUGCGACUUCGACAGUAACUUGGCCAGAUGGAAUUGUACCGUACGAGUUCGCCACAGGAUACAGUCUUGAAGAGGAAAUGUAUAUUGUCGAUGUCAUGAGAAAGUUAGAACUCUUGGUUUCGGUUAAUUUAGUGCGCUGUGUACAGUUUCGACCGAGAAUUUCAUCGGACCAGUAUUAUAUCAUCAUAGAAAAUGGAGAUGGUUGUUCAUCAUAUGUUGGACAAAAUCCUGAUAUUACGAUGGAUCGAAUUGUUACUCUGCAAAGUUCCGGUUGCCUUUACGAUGGUGUGGUCAUGCAUGAAUUGUUACACACAUUAGGAUUUCAUCACGAACAAUCUCGGCCGGAUCGUGACAACUAUGUUCGAAUUAAUCUCAACAAUGUUCAAACAGGUAUGGAAUCUCAAUUUCAAAAAUAUAUCAGUCGAGUAACAACACUCAAUACUCAGUAUGAUUAUCAAUCAGUCAUGCAUUAUGCAUCAACAGCAUUCUCUCGAAAUGGUUUAGCAACAAUUGAACCACUACAAGCUAAUGUUACAAUUGGUCAACGUGAUAGUUUAAGUCCAACGGAUAUUCAAGCCGUUCGAAUUCUUUAUAAUUGUACAACCCAAGGAGUUACACUACCACCACCAACAACACAAAACAUAACGAGCUCCUUUAGAAUUAACUCAACAUAUUCAUCGAGAUUGACAACAUCGAGUGCGCGUUUUAGCCGUUAUAAUGGUGGCAAUGGAAGUUAUUACUACGAAGCAAUUCAAGUUACUGCUCUCACCGCUGGUAAUUACCGAUUUCGAAGUCUUAGUGUUGUCGAUACGUACGGCUAUCUCUAUUUGGGUAUUUUCUUAUCAUCAUCACCGGAGAGAAAUUUACUUGUUCAAAAUGAUGAUAGCGCUGGUAAUAAUCAAUUUCAAUUUACACUAUCGCUUCAAGCAAAUACAACAUAUGUUUUGGUGAUUACAACGUACAGCGCCAAUGUUACCGGUGCCAUAGACGUGGUUGUGUCUGGCCCGCAAGCAGUCAAUUUUCUGCGCCUUGGCAGCUCGGAAACUGUAUCAACAACAGCUUAUUCGAACUAUACUGGUGCAUUGACCAAUAGUAGUGCCCUAUUUACUCGAUAUGGUGGAGCGGGGAUAUUUUAUUACGAAGCAUUGCUUGUAACUGUGUCUACAAAUGGUACAUAUAAUUUUACAAGUAGCAGCUCAAUUGAUACUUACGGAUAUUUAUAUGUGAAUAAUAUCAGCGCAUCUAAUCUCUCGGCAAAUCUUCUCGCAUUCAAUGAUGAUAGUGCCGGAAAUGCGCAGUUUCUCAUUACAUCUUCUCUUGUAACAGGCAGAAGAUACAUUUUGAUUUGUACGACUUACGGCCCGACUGUCACAGGAAGGUAUUCUGCUAUCGUCUCCGGUCUAGCUCAAGUUGGUCUUACGUCAAUCAGUCUAGCACUUACACUACCUUCUACUAGCACAAUGCUCCCAGUGACAACUACAAGAUCAACAACAAACGUCUCUAGUAUAUCUAUAACAAAUUACAAUAGCACAUUGACUAACAAUAGUUCGACGUUUAGUCGUUACGGUCGAUAUGAUAGAUUCUACUACGAAGCACUAGAAAUCACUCCAUCCACGAACGGAACAUAUACCUUUACUACCACUAGUACCGUGGAUACUUUUGGAUAUUUGUAUGUUAAUAACAUCAGUGCAUGGGAUCUGUCUGCAAAUCUAGUUGCAUUCAAUGACGACGAUGCAGGAAAUAUGCAGUUUCGUAUCAUAUACAAUCUUCAGAGUGGUCGGAAAUACAUUCUGAUAUUCACAACAUACAAUAAUGAUGUAACUGGACCAUUCUCAGUGGCUGUGUCUGGCCCAAAUCUGGUCAACAUCAACCGCAUCACACUUGCACUUCAAGUUUCAUCUAUGACUACAGUAUUGCCAACUACAACCUCUAUAAGAUCAACAACAGUCAGUACAAAUCUAACUAUGACGAACUAUAAUAGCACGUUGACUAACAAUAGUUCGGCGUUUAGUCGUUACGGUCGAUAUGAUAGAUUCUACUACGAAGCACUAGAAAUCACUCCAUCCACGAACGGAACAUAUACCUUUACUACCACUAGUACCGUGGAUACUUUUGGAUAUUUGUAUGUUAAUAACAUCAGUGCAUGGGAUCUGUCUGCAAAUCUAGUUGCAUUCAAUGAUGAUGAUGCAGGAAAUAUGCAGUUCCGUAUCACAUACAAUCUUCAAAGUGGUAGGAAAUACAUUCUGAUAUUCACAACAUACAAUAAUGAUGUAACUGGACCAUUCUCAGUGAUUGUAUCCGGUCCAGCUCGAGUCACUAUCAAUCGCAUCAAUCUAGUACUUCCUGUAUUAUCGGCGACUACUCCAUCAACAUAUUCUUCAUCGAGAACAUCUGUACCUACGACAGGAAGUUCUGCUGGCUGUAAUAGAUCUGAUGAUCGACCAACUUGCCCAGCUCAAGUAGUAACGAAUGGAAGAGUUGUUACUGUCAACUCACAAAAUCGAAAUUUAACAGGGGAUUCAUUUUCGCCCAACAGUACGUUUUUCAAUCUAAAUGAUUCGAGCCCAAUGAAUGGUUUUAUUCAAUCUAUUACCGUUCAAUAUCGCGGAUCGCGCUUACCUAGUAUCAAUGCUCGUCUAUGGAUCUAUACAAUCAUUCCCAUAUCCGGCGGAUUUAUGAUUUGCAGUCAACAUUCCAUUCCUUCAUCUCAAAUAUCUACAUCACAAUUAAUUCAAACUUAUACUCUUCCGAAUAAUACAAUUUAUGUAGCUGAAAAGACUUAUAUUGGUAUCGGAAUUCAAGACACAACAGCAUCGAUAGCAACGACAUUUGGUAGUAUAGCAUUACGCACAAGUAGUGCAAAUCUUUCAUCGAAUAUUGGAUCGCGCGGAGCACGAUAUUUCUGGCCUGAUGACGCCCAAACUGGGGUUAAACUCAGUUACACCAUCGUUACAUAA